AUGAUUAAGAACGAAAAAAAUUGUGGUGAUCGAGUAGACUCGUAUGUUUUGCAGUAUAGAUUGGACAGGGCUGAAGUGGUGGGUAUGCUUUAAACAGUUACAAGACAUUACUGUAGCCUGAAUUUUCCCGCGAUAUUGCCGAAGCAUGGCUUUGUUUACCAUUUUUGCCUUGCGGUCGGUUGUGUUGUUUCAGUUUUUAUGAACUUCAUUUUCAGUGAACUAGUCAGUGUAAGCCGUUAACUUGUAUCUAUUCAAUGAGUUCGGAGUUACAAACCAUUUCCCUCUGUGAUUGCUCUUUGUGUUUCAUUUGUAAGUUUCAAGCGGCCCGCCAGCAGAGCGAAAGUAAUACGGAAUGUACUUUGACCGACGUUUUUAUUGCCUAAAAUUGGCAGCGAAAUUCGUUUCAAUUGUGUUGAAAUUGACGAAAUUUUUUUUUUGGGCUAGUUUGUAAGUUUCAGCUCUAGUAUCAAUGAGAAAAGGUUAAAGGGACGUCUUAAAACACGAGGGAAAUGCUAUUGUAGCUACGAGCUCCCCGACCUACACGUGUGGUUGUUAAUUUCGUUAGUUAACUUGUACAGGUUAUUUAAAACUAAGUUGCUUUUAACAGUGUUUAUUACACUUAACGUUUAGAUUGGAAAGGAUGUAGAAGUUGGGAAUCUUCGUGAGAUCGCUGUUGUUUGUUUUCACCUAUCAUUCGCCAGAUUCGCGGUUGUUUCUGUGUUACUGUUUAAUUAAAUUUGCGGUUAGGCUUGUACGACAAAUGUGAGUGUUUUUUUCAUCGUAUUUCGACUGAUGACGUUCGAUUCGGCGAACAGUUUCUCACCAAAUUCAAUAACUAGAUUUUAAAGACACGCUGUAACAUUUGUGUGACGCAAGAUCUUUUUUAUAUCUUAUUGCGUGGGCGAAGUGUGGGAUGGGCAGGGGUGGACAAAGGGUUUGCAAGGGCAUUGAAGGGCAACUUCAUUGUUUCGCACUUCCUGUUUUGAAAGUCCUACACGGAAAUUUUUUCACACAGAAUGAUAACGUUGACCUCUUGAUAUCCAAGUUACUCGAAUGUUUUGUUGUUUUUCUUUUCCAACUGUUGGCUUGCUUUUACAUUUUUACAUAAUAUGCACAUAUUCAUGUCGUUCACAAAGUUUUUGAUGUAACAAUAUUUCUUAAGUUAUUUCCUUUUCUUUUUUUGUCUUAAGUAUGUAAAAUAAUAUUGUCGUUCAGUUUUAUCCGUGGUUGAAAUUUCUUAUCUUCCUUUGUUUUUUUUUUAACCAAAGAAAAAAAUUUAACAUAUUCAUGUCUGUUUUAAUAAGUCAGUAUGUCAUGCUGUUAUAAUGUUGUUUUUAAGUCUUACAUUAUGCUUAAAUGAUUAAGAAUUAAGUGUAAAUCAAUCUCUCAUAUGCAUCCAUCACAACUUGAAGAGAGCAACGUAAAUUGCUAUCAGGCUUAUUUUGUUAAAUCAUAAGGAAUAAAUUUAAAUAAAUUUGUAAAAGUAAAGCAGAAGUUAGAGUUGAGCUGAAGUUAAUGUAAAUGUGUCUUUCUUUCAUUGAAGAUCAAAAGUGUUGGUCCGAAACUUGUACCAUUCCUGAAGACAGUGUGUGUAUACUUUGUGGCCUGGGUCCCCGAAUCUGAAAAACCAACAGUCUUCGCUGCGCUGCUCAAAAUCUUACCAAUCCUAUGUCUGUGUGGUUUUGUCAGCCUUCAGGGAAUAAGCCUGGAAAAGCAGCAUGACUACAGCCGACGAAUACUUCUGGGACUUAUUUUUUCAGGGAUCGGCGAUAUCUUCCUUGUGUGGAAAAACACAUAUUUUAUCCAUGGGAUGAUAGCAUUUGGCAUUGCACAUAUUUUGUACAUAAGAGCAUUUGGGUUCCAGCCUUUCCAGCUCCGUAAAUUGCCUGGGCUACUGUUGUGUUUGUUUCCGGGCCUCUUCAUGUACUAUGUAUGCUACCCUGGCCUAAAAGGAAAACUUGUGAUUGCUGUAUUGAUCUAUGGUGUUGUUAUUACUGGAAUGCUAUGGCGGGCAAUCACCUCUGUGCAAAAUCAGAUCGAGGAAAAUGGCUUAUGUCGCUGGACCAAGAUGAGUGCUUGCUUUGGUGCUACAAUGUUCUAUAUUUCAGAUAACCUCAUUGCUUUGAACAAAUUCUGUUUCCCCAUACCAUACGCGAGAGCUCUGAUCAUGAGUACAUACUAUGCUGGACAGAUGGGUAUUGCGGUUUCAGCUUUUAACAUUGAAGAGGAAUACAAUCUCAGAAUGAAAAGCUGUAAAAAGCAUGAUUAA